GCCGCGGCCGCCGCCGCCAGUCACCGCCCGCCGCCCGCCAGCCCUGGCCGGUCCCGCCGCCGCCCGCCGCCGCCCCGCCAUGAUCGUGGAGAGCAGCCGGGACGCGGCGCCCGAUGGCGGCGACGGCGGCGCGCUCAGCAGCCCCAUCAACCUCGCGUACUUCUACGGGGCCUCGCCCCACUCCAGCGAGGGCAGCUGCUCGCCGGCCCACUCCGCCCCGGGCUCGCCGGGCUCCGACUCGGACCUCUCGGUGAGCAGCCGCGGCGGCGGCCGGAGGGACCCCCGGGCCGGCGCCCGCCCCGCGCUGCAAGGUGAGGCGCACAUGGCGGGGGGCAAGCAGCACCGCGGCCCCUUCCAGGGCGUACGCGUGAAGAACUCGGUGAAGGAGCUGCUGCUGCACUUCAGGAGCUGCCGGCAGCUGCCCGCGCCGCCCGCCGAGGACGGCAAGGCACAGGGAGGACUGGCAAACUACGAGCAGUACACAGCAGAGCUGAAGAGCAUACUCGGUCACAGUGGCAAAAGGAAGGCUCCCGAGCUGCUUUCUGAUGGACCUUCUUUCAAGCGCCAAGCUAAUGUUCACCCACACCUCCUGACACCACCCCAGACACCAACCUCUAUGGAUAACGUGGAGGAGACUCAUAAAAAUGAUGCAAAACAUGAGAGCAAUUCCGAUCUGCUUCAGAACAUUAUAAACAUCAAGAACGAGUCGAGCCCCGUGUCUCUGAACACGGUGCAGGUCAGCUGGCUGCACACUGUCUCCAGUCAUGGCUCUCCCGGCGAGCAGUACCAGGACAGCCCGGGGACGCAGGCUUUCUCGCCGUCCCAGAAAUACCAAGUGUUCCAAGAUCACACCUCCCAGCAGAUGCUCGAGCCGCCGCAGCAUUACCAGUUCCCUCCCUCCCAGACCCCAGACUUGUCACAGAGCUAUCCCCCAGACGCCUCACUGGAGUACAGGCCGUUUGCCACCAGUGACCAGUCUCCUGGCUACCAGCAGAGCACCUUUGAGAGCCAUGAAUUGCAGUACUGCCCGCCGCAGAGCUUCUCCUCCCUCUUGAACGACUCCGAGGGCUCAGAGGGCAUCUCCGCUCCCCUCCAGCCACUGGCCGGUGCCCACCCACAGGCUGAGGUCGCCCACCAUGCUCCAGGCUUCAGCUUGCUUUCUGGUAAUGUCUGUGGUAGUCUGGAGCGCAGCAUCUCUUUGGCUGCUUUGAAUGUGUCUCUACCUGACCAAAACGUCGCCAGAAGCACGACUCAGCUGGGCAAGUCAUUUUUUCAGUGGCAAGUGGAACAGGAGGAAAACAAACUGGCAAACAUCUCUCAAGACCAGUUCCUCGCAAAAGACUCGGAUGGUGACACCUUCCUUCACAUCGCCGUUGCCCAGGGCCGCCGGGCGCUCUCCUACGUUCUUGCGAGGAAGAUGGCAGCCCUGCACAUGCUGGACAUUAAGGAGCACAAUGGCCAGAGUGCUUUCCAGGUUGCUGUGGCUGCCAAUCAACAUCUCAUUGUGCAGGACUUGGUUAGCUUGGGGGCUCAAGUCAACACCACAGACUGCUGGGGUAGAACGCCGUUGCAUGUUUGCGCUGAGAAGGGACAUGCCCAGGUCCUUCAGGCGAUCCAAAAGGGAGCUAUGGGAAGCAAUCAGUAUGUGGACCUUGAGGCAACAAACUACGAUGGUUUGACAGCGUUGCACUGUGCUGUUCUGGCCCAUAACGCUGUGCUGCACGAGCUGCAGAACAGUCAGCCACCUCACUCCCCUGAGGUCCAGGAACUUCUGCUGAGAAACAAGAGCCUGGUGGAAACCAUCAAGACUCUGAUACAAAUGGGAGCCUCUGUUGAAGCAAAAGAUCGCAAAAGCGGUCGCUCAGCUUUGCAUUUGGCAGCAGAAGAAGCAAACCUAGAGCUCAUUCGUCUCUUUUUGGAGCUGCCCAACUGCCUCUCUUUCAUUAACGCAAAGGCUUACAACGGCAACACGGCACUCCACGUGGCUGCCAGCCUGCAGUACCGGGUGAGCCAGCUGGACGCGGUGCGCCUGCUGAUGCGCAAGGGAGCCGAUCCCAGUGCCAGAAACCUGGAGAAUGAGCAGCCAGUUCACCUGGUUCCCGAUGGCCUUGUAGGAGAGCAGGUAAAAAACCAACACCCAACGGUCCCCUCUGCUCCCAUCUGUUCCCAUCCAUGCAAAAGCCUUAUUCCUUUCCAGAAGUUUCUUUGGGGUUUUGAGUUGCAGCUUUUUAAGGAAAAGAUUUAGCAAAUGCCAUUUUAUUCAGGGAACUUUGGUUUUUAGUGUCAGGAUCGGGCAGAAUAUACAAAGACCUGAAAUUACAGGUUUUGCUCAUAGCUUUUAUUUUUUCCACUCAGUCCUUUUUUUUUUUUUUUCUGUGAAGACAGGUUUUGUCUUUGUAACCUUUUAACAUUCUGGAGAUAGCAUCCCUUCUCUUGUUCAUCUUUGUAUGGGCCUGAGAUCAUGCUUCUGUUGCUCUUGUCAUAAUUAGUAAUGGUGUAAUUCGUUGUUAGGCCUAAACAACAAAUGAAGAAAAUCCCUUUUACCUGGGAGCUGUUGGAAUUCAUGAUGGAAAAAAGUGACUCUGGACCUCAGAAGCUAAAUAACUUAAGCAACUGAGUAAUUCUGUUGCCUUUCAUUGGUUCAAAUGCUGCAAAACUGGAUCAAUCCUGGUGUGACUGAGCCCAGAAUCCAGGCUCAGAUAAAUGAGGACUGCAGAACUGGGUCUAGGGUUUCUUCUGUCAGCUUGUCGCUUGCUUCAGGAUGAUGAAUACUGAUGUGUGUGUCUCUUUCUCUUCUCCAGAUAAGACGUAUCCUAAAAGGGAAGGCGAUUCAGCAGAGGGUGUCGCCUUUCUAGGCUCCGUGUUUCUUGGAGUUCAGCACCUCACACUCACUGUCAGUCAGGCAGUCCUAAUGUAUCUGUAAAUAGACCAUUUGCCUGCCGUGGGCAAAUGUUAGUUGUUUCUAUGAAACAAAAGUAUUUUGUUCACUAUUGUAUAGUGGGUUAUAUGAGAGUAAAAAAAAAAAAACCAAAAAAAUCACCACCCCAAAACCCAGCAAUCAUUCCUCUGAGCAAACGGGAAUGUUUUAUUCCCAAGUACACGGAACAUUUGCCUGGAUACCUGGAUUUCAUAGCUACGGCAAGACUGAUUUUGUUUAAACAGCCAUACGGAUAACUUCUGGAGGACAGUUCUGCAGGAAAUCUUGUUGAGAGGGCUGAUGCGCAUCAACAUUGCAGAGGGUUUUUUUGUUUGUGUUUUUAAAAACACUUAAUACUAAGUGCAAAACAAAUUAAAUAUUUUUGAAGUUGAACACUUAUUUAUGUAACUUUGUAGCUUUCUUCCAGUAUCUUGUGCAGGAUUGUGUAUAGUCACUGGUAUUGUUGUACAGCUGUAUAGGUCUUACAAAUCUGUUGGUCGCUUGGGUUGAAUCGGUUGGCUGUGGCAUGAACUGAAGAAACAAGUUACUUGAUCUUGAACUUGCAAAUUGCAUAUAGAAUUUUAAUACUGCACUGGUGCAUGUAGGGUAAAUUCUGAUGUUUUGGAAGACUGAAAGGACAGUUAAGGUUGUCCCUAGCACCAAUUUGUGCGUGCUUUUGGAGCUGUUACUAAAACACAAAAAGCCAUGCUUCUUCAGGGGACUGUAUCAGUUUUUGACAUACCCAGUAAAGGUUUAUCUUUUUUUUUUUUCUUUUGAUGGGACAGUGGAUCGAGGGGGAAAGAUUAUGACUUCUGUAGCGUGUGUGUAUAUAACUUUGUACUUUAAAGAAUAUGAUCCUGAUUCAGUGGAAGUAUUUAGCAUGUGCUUAACUGUUGAUGCAUGCUAGAAAUAUCUCCAUGUUGAUUCUAGUACUUAAAUGUGUGUAAGCCCCGCUAGCGUCAGUAGGACCUAAGCACAUGUGUAAGUAGUUUGCUGAAUUGGGCUCUAGUUGAUUCUAGAGACUUUAGUGUUUUUCCACCUCCUCAGAAGAGUUAGUUCAUUUAUGGCUUUACCUUAUAGGUAUAGUGGCUAGCCAAGUAAUAUUUGAAGUUAAUGUUUUUCAAUUUUUUAAUAAUUAUGGGUAUUAAUGCAAAAUGUAUACUAAUUAUGCAGUAUAUUUGUGUCCUGUUGGAGAAAAUUUCUUCCUCCUGUCGCUUUCUGAAUGAUCCAUGCUGGGCUGUAAUCCAGUAAUACGUUCUGUGUGUGGUCUUUGCUCUUAAACUGUUUUUGCAUCACAUGCAAUUCUCUGCCAUAACUGUUCAAUUAGUCUGAUUGUGCUGUUUUGUCACAGUAUGUCUUGUAGACAAGCUAAGUGAAAAAACAUGAUAUGUGGAGGCCUAGUUGUGAUACAUUUCUUGAAGGGUUUCAUGUAACUUGCGUUUGAAUAAACAUGCUAAUUAAA